UCUCGGGCUGCGCCGCCUCGCGGGGAUGAAGCACCGGCCGUGAAGAUGGAGGUGACCUGCCUGCUACUUCUGGCGCUGAUCCCCGUCCACUGCCGAGGACAGGGCGUCUACGCUCCAGCCCAGGCCCAGAUCGUCCACGCGGGCCAGGCGUGUGUGGUGAAAGAGGACAACAUCAGCGAGCGCGUCUACACCAUCCGGGAGGGCGACACCCUGGUGCUGCAGUGCCUUGUCACCGGGCACCCCCGGCCUCAGGUGCGGUGGACCAAGACUGCGGGGAGCGCGUCCGACAAGUUCCAGGAGACAUCCGUGUUCAAUGAGACUCUGCGCAUCGAGCGCAUCGCGCGCACGCAGGGCGGACGCUACUACUGCAAAGCGGAGAACGGCGUGGGCGUGCCCGCCAUCAAGUCCAUCCGCGUGGACGUGCAGUACCUGGACGAGCCGGUGCUGACGGUGCACCAGACAGUGAGCGACGUCCGGGGCAACUUCUACCAGGAGAAGACGGUGUUCCUGCGCUGCACCGUCAACUCCAACCCGCCAGCCCGCUUCAUCUGGAAGCGCGGCUCCGACACCCUGUCCCACAGCCAGGACAACGGCGUGGACAUCUAUGAGCCCCUCUACACCCAGGGGGAGACCAAGGUCCUGAAGCUGAAGAACCUUCGGCCCCAGGAUUACGCCAGCUACACCUGCCAGGUGUCUGUACGCAACGUGUGUGGCAUCCCGGACAAGGCCAUCACUUUCCGCCUCACCAACACCACGGCACCACCAGCCCUGAAGCUGUCUGUGAAUGAAACUCUGGUGGUGAACCCUGGGGAGAAUGUGACGGUGCAGUGUCUGCUGACAGGCGGCGAUCCCCUACCCCAGCUGCAGUGGUCCCAUGGGCCGGGCCCGCUGCCCUUGGGGGCUCUGGCCCAGGGUGGCAUCCUCAGCAUCCCUUCAGUGCAGGCCCUGGACUCUGGCUACUACAACUGCACAGCCACCAACAAUGUGGGCAACCCCGCCAAGAAGACCGUCAACCUGCUGGUGCGAUCCAUGAAGAACGCCACAUUCCAGAUCACCCCAGACGUGAUCAAAGAAAGUGAGAACAUACAGCUGGGCCAGGACCUGAAGCUCUCGUGCCACGUGGAUGCGGUGCCCCAGGAGAAGGUGACCUAUCAGUGGUUCAAGAACGGCAAGCCGGCACGCAUGUCCAAGCGGCUGCUGGUGACCCGAAACGACCCUGAGUUGCCUGCGGUCACAAGCAGCCUAGAGCUCAUUGACCUGCACUUCAGCGACUAUGGCACCUACCUGUGUGUGGCUUCCUUCCCAGGAGCACCUGUACCCGACCUGAGUGUUGAAGUCAACAUCUCCUCUGAGACAGUGCCUCCCACCAUCAGCGUGCCCAAAGGCAGGGCCAUCGUGACCGUGCGCGAGGGCUCGCCUGCCGAGCUGCAGUGCGAGGUGCGGGGCAAGCCGCGGCCGCCCGUGCUCUGGUCCCGCGUGGACAAGGAGGCUGCUCUGCUGCCCUCGGGGCUGCCCGUGGAGGAGACCCCGGACGGGAAGCUGCGGCUGGAGCGCGUGAGCCGCGACAUGAGUGGGACCUACCGCUGCCAGACGGCUCGCUACAAUGGCUUCAACGUGCGCCCCCGCGAGGCCCAGGUGCAGCUGAACGUGCAGUUCCCGCCGGAGGUGGAGCCCAGCUCCCAAGACGUGCGCCAGGCCCUGGGCCGGCCGGUGCUCCUGCGCUGCUCGCUCCUCCGAGGCAGCCCCCAGCGCAUCGCCUCGGCCGUGUGGCGCUUCAAAGGGCAGCUGCUGCCUCCGCCGCCCGCCGCCGCCCCCGUCGCCGGCGAGGCCUCCGACCACUCCGAGCUGCGCCUCGACGCCGUCACCCGCGACAGCAGCGGCAGCUACGAGUGCAGCGUCUCCAACGACGUGGGCUCGGCGGUCUGCCUCUUCCAGGUCUCCGCCAAAGCCUACAGCCCGGAGUUUUACUUCGACACCCCCAACCCCACCCGCAGCCACAAGCUGUCCAAGAACUACUCCUACGUGCUGCAGUGGACCCAGAGGGAACCUGACGCCGUCGACCCCGUGCUCAACUACAGGCUCAGUGUCCGCCAGUUGAACCAGCACAGCGCCAUGGUGAAGGCCAUCCCCGUGAGGCGUGUGGAGAAGGGGCAGCUGCUGGAGUACAUGCUGACCGACCUCCGCGUGCCCCACAGCUACGAGGUCCGCCUCACACCCUACACCACCUAUGGGGCCGGUGACAUGGCUUCCCGCAUCAUCCACUACACAGAGCCUAUCAACUCUCCCAGUCUGUCAGACAACACCUGCCACUUUGAGGAUGAGAAGAUCUGUGGCUACACCCAGGACCUGACAGACAACUUUGACUGGACUCGGCAGAACGCCCUAACCCAGAACCCCAAGCGCUCUCCCAAUACCGGUCCCCCCACUGACGUCAGCGGCACCCCUGAGGGCUACUACAUGUUCAUUGAGACUUCGAGGCCCCGGGAGCUGGGGGACCGGGCGCGGUUGGUGAGUCCCCUGUACAACGCCAGCGCCAAGUUCUACUGCGUCUCCUUCUUCUACCACAUGUACGGGAAGCACAUCGGCUCCCUCAACCUCCUGGUCCGGUCUCGGAACAAAGGAGCCCUGGACACGCACGCGUGGUCCCUCAGUGGCAAUAAGGGCAACGUGUGGCAGCAGGCCCACGUGCCCAUCAACCCCAGUGGGCCCUUCCAGAUUAUUUUUGAGGGGGUUCGAGGCUCAGGCUACCUGGGAGAUAUCGCCAUAGACGAUGUCACACUGAAGAAGGGAGAGUGUCCCCGGAAGCAGAUAGAUCCCAAUAAAGUGGUGGUGAUGCCGGGCAGUGGAGUGCCCCACCAGCCCCGCCCACAGCUCUGGGGGCCCGUGGCCAUCUUCCUCUUGGCGCUGCAGAGAUGAUGAGAGCUGCGCGGCCCCCCACCCCGCCCCUGGCACACCAAAGUGUCUGCAUCGUACCAAAGACUGACCUCUGCCAGCCGGGGUGCCCGGGGCAGGGGCGGCCCACAAGGAGGGGCCUCCGUUGGCUGCGAGGAUGAGCAGAUUACAAGGACAGCGGCCCCGCGGAGGCCCUGCAGAUGCGCACACUCACGCCCAUACUCACACAGAGAUAUAUUAAAGCACAAGUUUCUAUCCGACCUGCCAGCCGGCACCUUCUUUACCGCAGAGACGGGGACGCACUGAACGGUGUCUGCCACCCCAGGGACCUCGGCGCCACGCAGCCUUGUCCUGGCUGCAUCUGCGGUCUGUCUGCCCUCGCCCCGUCUCUAACUUCAGGCUGAGCUCCAACCCAUGGCUUUACCAGGAAGGGAGCCGGCACAGGAGCCCUGCCUUGCCCGGACUCUGGGACUCCCUGGGAGGGGGGAGGCUGGGGUCAGUUUAAGGGGACGGGGUGCGGUGGGGAGACUUUGUGAGCUCUGUGAAUGCCCAGUGCAGAGGACAAGGAAGAUGAGACCCUGCUGCUUGCAACUCUGUUCCCCGGGCAAGGGCCAGAAGGUGGAGACCCCAGGUCCCCCAGAUCCCCUGACCUGAUUCCUGGGAUGUCGUAUCCCCCCUCCCUCCAGUGCCCCAUUUAAAGGGACCCGGCAUGGGGUUCUUGGGCCUGGCAGUCUGAAGAUUGACCCCCCCCUCCACUACCUCCACCCCUGCCCUGAAGCAUCUGGAUUCCUGAGCGCUCAGUCCCCACCCAGCAGGCUGGCCUACCCUCACCCCAGCCGCAUCUCCGAGGCCAGGGGAGUGGUGGCCAGGCCCGACUGGGGUGAGGCUUGACUCUGAAAGGGGCAGAGAAGACCUGCUUCACGAUUUUGCAUCCCCAUGUCGGACACUGAUCUUGGCAGUGGAGUGGAGCCUGCCUUUCUUAUGUACAUGGCACGAGGGGUUGCCCUGGACAGGAGGGUGUGUAGGGCGUCCCGUGGGCUGUUCCUGUCCCAGCCAGGGCCAGUGAAGGAGGGGGGCCUUGUAGGCUGGGGCCGGGGCGGUUGCUGGUCAUGCUGUUCCCUGGGCAUUGAGCUCAUGCCCCAGCUGGGAAAGGGCUCCGGUCCUUGGGCCCUGGGUCGGAGCCCGAGUUGGGCAUGACGGGAUCUAGACCUUUCCUCAGCAUCACUCCUGAGGCCCCUUCCAGGAUGAGUCUUCACACAUGUGUGCAUGUGUCUCUGGGUGUGCAUGUGUGCGCAUGUGUGUGGGCCCGUGUGUCUGUGUGGCUCUGUGGGUACAUCUCUGGCGCGAGUGUGUGCAAGUAUGAGUCUGCGUGUGCAGUAAGACGUGUCUGUGUGUGAGGCUGGGUCUGCCCCUCACCCCCGUGAGGGCCUGUGUACGUCUGCGUGCAUGCCCACCUUCAGGAGUGACGGGACCGCUAUGGGGUGCUAGCCAUGUGGACCGCUCUAGCCCUAUUCUGUCUUCUCGCGCUGCCUGCCAUCGCCUGAAUGUCUACCUUUCACCCUCUGAACGGCAAGGAGCUUACAGAUGACCCUGUUGGCAUGCAAGCACCUGCGGAAGGGGCUUCUCCUGGAGUAUUUGUGGGGGCAGCUGCAGGGAAGAGGCAGCGACGCCAGGGGCAGGCGAGAACCGAGGCAAACGCUGCCCGUCUCACUGCUCUGCCAGGCCUGAUACCAUCAUCACCAACAGCGGGUGGGCGCCGGGCCAGGGCCAGAGCGGGGUCUCCUGAUACCAACCAGCCUGGCUGCCUUCCUGGCCCGCCAAGGCCUCUGUCCGAAAUGAGUGGCUCCAGGUCCCCAGAACACGCUGCCAUCACGCCUGCAGGUAUUGUUCCUUAACGGUCCCAUCUGCGCAGGGUCUGUGGUCCCAACUAGACUGUGAGCUCCUCUGAGCCUUCCAAUCCCUCCCCACCCCAUCCCAACCUCUGGCCGGCACAGUGGCCUGCCCUGGAAAUCCUCAGCGGGCGUUGCCCAGUGGACGGAAUAUACCAACAGAGCCUCCCAGGCCUGGGGGCAGGUCCGUGCCAGCAGAGUCUGGGAGGCAGCAGUGCUGAGUCCACCCCGAGGUCCUGGUUUCACUGACUGGCAUGCGGCCUGGCAUCGGAAACGCUGGGACGCUCCUCAGGGGGACCUAAGACUGGGAGCUCUGGCCUUCCACCUGCCAGUGCUGCCUCUCGUGACCCCUGGCCCCAAGCCUACUUCCCUCAGACGGCCUUUGGACACACCUGUCCCUGCCCUGGCUAUCCACGAGGGGGACUGUCCUAUGUUCCCCUCCACAUCCAUAGCGUCCAGUGCAGAAAAGGUGCUUGACAUACGUCAGCUGAACUUAACUGCACACACGCGCGCCCUGGGUUUCUGGUCUGGAGAGGGGACCUGGUGACAUGGACAGAGAGUGCAAGGCAGGGCAGUGACAGGGAGCACUGCUGAGGGAGCUGGCACGGCCUGGGCAGCCCUGACUUGAGGCCGCUGGCCCAGGCCACCAGUGUGCCUGAGUGAGACACUGAGGUCCCUGGUUCUCGCGUGCAGGGGUGAGGUGUGUGUGUGUGUGUGUGUGUGUGUGUGUGUGUGUGUGUGUGUGUGUGCAGCUGGCCUGCUGGGGAUGUGGGGAUGUGGGGAUGUGGGUGUCCUGUGAGUGCCCAGGGGGAGCCCGUCUCUGUGCAUUAGUGUUGUGCCAGGAGGUCUGCAAGGAAUGAGUGCCUUUGUGUGUCUCUGGGUAACUUAUAGGCGUGUGUGUCAGCCCCCCUGUGUCAGUGUCCCUGUGUUGUGUAUGUUUGUGUGCCUGUGGAUGUCGGCAUCUGUGUGUUGGUAGGUGGCCCAUGAAGACGCAGCCCAGGGGAGAACAGGCUGGCUGGACCCAGCAUCUCCCCAUGGCCGUCUCCCCUCUGGGGCCGGGUGGCUGAGGCUUGUUGUGGCCUUAAAACUGGGAGUGCAGGGUUAGCUCUCAGGGCGUCAGGGCCCCUCCACCCCACCCCUGCAUGUGGGUGUCUGGGAAGAAAGGCACUCCUGGGCCAGGUGCUGCACGGGUAGGAGAGGGCGCCUCAGCCCUGCUGUCCUGCUGGGACUGUUGGACAGCCCCCUGGGUGCCGAGCUAGGCCCGCGAACCAAACCCCUCUGCUGGGAUGCUCUCCCCUUGACCCCUUUCCCACUUGUCCUCCUCUCCCUGUGCUCCUGAAAGCCCUGCCCAGGCUGUCCGUGCCUGAGGAGGUGAAGCCCGGCGGGAGGGCCUGGCCCAGGUCACAGAGCCCGGUGGAGUGGAGUUAGCCCAGGAAGGCAGUGCUACAGCCCUGGGGGUGUCGGCCCACUGGCUACUGCCCCUGGGCCUCCUGCCAGGGAGCCGGGAGGAGCUUGGUCACACUGCCCUGUCUCCGAGUGUCUGGGCCCUGCCCUGGGAGAGGUACCAUCUCCCUGUCCCAAAUUCUGGCCUCUCACCCAGGCCACAUUCCCUCCCGCCCCGGCUCAGGCCUGGGUGCCGCCUAGAGGCUGCCUCCUCCUGCCCACACCGGCUUAGCAGCAGCCCGCCCACCCCGGGUCCUCAGACAGAGGGACUGCUUCCCCUCCGCCCCUCCGCCUUCACACAAGCCCGGCCUGGGCGUGAAGGUCAGGGUGUCCUGGGUCGUCAUCCUGUUGACUUCCCCUCAGGGCCAGGAGGGCCUGGGGAGCAGGGGCAAGUCCCGGUUUUCUUCUCCCUGGACAGGCCAAGGGGACGGGGGUAUUUCCCAUGUCUGUCUUCAGGAACAGGUGGGUGAAACAGGUUGAGGUUCUGGGUUUAAGGGGGCCCUUCCCAUUUCCAAAGGCGGGGUAAGCACCUCCUCUCUGUUAAAUCAGUGUUAUGUGUGUAUCUGAGCGUGUGUGUGAGUGUGUGUGUGAGGUGUUUGUGUAAGGGUGUGUGUGUGAGAGAGUGUGUUGUGAGGGUGUGUGUGUGUGUGUGUGUGUGUGUGAGAGAGUGUGUGUGAGAGAGUGUGUGUGAAGAGUGUGUGUGUGUGUAAGGGUGUGUGUUUGUGAGAGAGAGAGAGAGAGUGUGUUGCUGGGGCAGAAGGACCACUUUUCCCUGGAGACCUUUGACCCUUAGUGCUGGAAGGGACCAGAGACCACUGAACCCAGUGUCCCCACUGUGCAGGUGAGUAAGUGGAGGCCCAGAGAGAUGGUACCUGCCCACCGCCACCCUUUCCCUCAUGUCCCCACAUUCAUUUCCCAGGAGCCCUACUGGACGCCCUCCCUCCUGGCAUCCCCCAGCCACCCACAUCAUCCUCUCAGCCCAGUUCCGGGGCUCCUCUGCCUCCAUGGUCUCCAGCACCCUUCCUGCCCAGGGUGGCCAUCUCAGCAGGC